AUGAGCGCACUGGCUUUGCCAGAUGAGCCAUGGCCGGCCCCGAAGAAAGCCCCAGAUUGCGAGUUCCUCUGGUUUCCGUGCCUCCACCAAGAUGCCAGACUCCUGAUCUGGGAGGCAGCACUGCGUCCGCAACCCCGGGAGAACUACAACGCGACACAUCGUUUUCGAAUCCAUAUUUGGGAUAGACAUCCAGAGCUUCUGGAGAUGAGUGACAUUGGCCACAAGAGUCCGCCGCUAUUUGGAUCGCCAGCCCUAAUGGGGCUGGACUUCUAUCCCGAUGUGAAGGCGCGCGAAUCCAUGUCGACUUGCCCUGAAGGACUGAAAUCGGUUGUCCAUUGGGACUACGGCCUAUGGAAAGCUUGCCAUGAGUCUAGGUGGGUGAUCAGCCGACGGUUUCGACGGAAAUUCUGGGAAGAAAUGAAGAUCACCAUGUUGCAAGACCGGCAAACAAUACCCGUGGAGAUUCGCGAGCCGUACAGGAUGGAGGCGGCGUGGCAGAAGAAAAGCAUGUUGACGGAAAACGACUACCUUCAAUGCAAAGACAAAUGGUACAAGGACUUCGCGUACACAGCCAACAUAAACGGCAUGUACAACAACAUUGUUGCGACCCACCCGGCGAGCGAUCUCUUCAUCAUGGAGGACGACCGAUGGAUGUUUGAUAUUCAAUACCAUCUCACAGACAGAGAACAAGAAGACUACGCGAUUGAACUCUUUCGAGAAAAUGCCAUCUCCCCAACAAGAGAUGGCUCCCCCGUGAUGGGAAACAUCGGCUUCGUGUACGACUACGCCUUCACGAAUGGCAUCACGCGACACGACAACCCGACGAUGAGGUUAUCAGAAGCAAAGACCAUGUAUAAUCGACGGGGCCUUUUCCUGCUCCUGCUGCACCUCACCGUAACUCGGAUAUUGGGGGGAGUACGACUCUGGCUUAUCGACGAGAAGUUCAGCCCGUGCCGCACAUGCAAGACGAAGCAGGAGGCGGAAGAGGAGGCGAAGCGGUGGAAGAGGGAUCGCAAGGUGUUCUAUCGGUAUGGGCAGGAGGAUCUGGUCGAGGUUGAUAUCAAGCCCAACGUGAUGUUUGUGACGGUCGACAAUAUUAGGUGUAUUCUCGGUUCUGCAUGCGGAUUUCUUGAAUACGUGGGUAAGGAGCCUAUUUCUCGACCUUUCAACCCAGAUCCUAGGGACAGGCCCUUCGACUUUUGGUCCUGUGUUGGUGUUCUAGCGCCGAGGUCGAGGACUACGUAUUGA